CAUAAUGCCAAAUAUUAAAGUAUUUAGCGGAACAUCUCAUCCUGAGUUAGCCCGGAAAGUCGUUGAUCGUUUAGGAAUACCAUUAGGAAGAGCAGUGCUGAAAAAAUUUAGCAAUCAAGAAACAAGUGUUGAAAUUAAAGAAUCGGUGCGAGGAGAAGACGUGUACAUCAUUCAGAGUGCCUGCGGAGAAGUGAAUGAUAACCUGAUGGAGUUGCUGAUCAUGAUCAAUGCGUGCAAGAUUGCUUCUGCAUCUAGAGUCACUGCUGUCAUACCUCUUUUCCCAUAUUCUAGGCAAGACAAAAAGGAUAAGUAUAAAAAUGUUAUGUCCUCACAGAGCAGAGCACCCAUCACUGCAAAACUUGUUGCUAACAUGCUCACCGUGGCUGGAGCUGAUCACAUUAUAACUAUGGAUCUACAUGCCUCACAAAUACAGGGCUUUUUUGAUAUUCCUGUGGACAAUCUGUACGCUGAACCAGCAGUAAUAAAGUGGAUUCAAGAAAAUAUUCCUGAAUGGAGAAACAGUAUUAUUGUGUCCCCAGAUGCUGGGGGAGCUAAAAGAGUCACAGCUUUAGCUGAUCAUUUAAAGGUGGCAUUUGCUUUGAUUCACAAGGAAAGAAAGAAAGUAAAUGAAAUAUCCGAAAUGAUUCUCGUUGGAGAUGUAACCGAUCGUACCGCAAUAUUAGUAGAUGAUAUGGCUGACACUUGUGGAACAAUAUGCCAUGCUGCAGAUAGGCUCAUUGAAGCUGGAGCUCAAAAAGUUUAUGCCGUUAUCACUCACGGUAUAUUUUCCGGAUCUGCGAUUUCUCGAAUCAACAAUGCAAUAUUUGAUGCAGUUGUCGUAACAAACAGCAUACCUCAGGACCUUCAUAUGGCUGAAUGUUCUACUAUUCAGUGCAUAGACAUUUCUAUGAUAUUAGCCGAAGCCAUUCGACGAACUCAUAAUGGUGAAUCGAUUUCUUAUCUAUUCAGUCAUGUGCCCAUGUAACUUCAUCACAUCAGUCAUGAAUAUUUAUUUACCAGACAAACUGUGAUAUUGGUCAAAAAAGGGGCAUUUGCUGAAUGAAAACGUGAUCAAUGCGAGUGCCAUAAAAUCAAGAACCUUUAUGGAUGGUUUUAAAAUUUUCAGAAAUUGGUCUCAAAACUGAAUAUUAUUCUUACCUGGGAACCACAUGAGUAAUGUAAUAAAUGUUCAAAUAGGCAGCAAUCCAAAGAAUAUGUUAAGACAUUUCUUUGAUGCAAAAAUUAUUUGCCCUUGUGCCCCUAUUAUUGAGAUACUGUCAACUCUCAAUAACUCAAAGCUGCAAGGGACAGGCUAAAAUGCUCAAGUUAUGGGAAGUUUCCACAACAGUCUCGAGAGUAUGGGACCCGAUGAAAACUUCGAGAUAUAGGAAUAUUCGAGUUACAGUCUGACCUCGAUUUAACAAACCUUUACUUAUAGAAAAAUUUCCCAAUUUAGCGGAUUUUUCUUUUUCCUCCAACUAAAAUGAAGGCAAAAAACUCUAUUUACCGAAUAAUAAACCCCAAAUUAACAAAUUUGAACAGCCGAAUUUUUUUUUUUCUUAAUUUGAGUUAAGAAAUAUCCAAUUGUUUUCCAAAUGAUAUAUCCAUCUUGCCCGAAGCAGAAAAAGACUUUUCUUGGAAUCAGAUAUUUUUAAUGGGCGAGGGGCACCCAAAGAAUAGCGAUUCUGUUGCAGAAAGUGAUAGUGAAACUAAUAAACUUUCUAAAUAUUUACAUGGAAUGGAAACUAAAAACAUAUCUCAUGCAGCAGGCUGUAAAUGACACAAUAUUUUCUUCUCUCCAUAAAGUUGAAAGAGAACUAUUUCGAGUCAAGUAUAAAAAAAAUUGUCAAAAUCUAUUACUCAGCACAAUAAAAUUUCAAAUUAACUGGUGUACAAUAAGUUGCGGAAUGCUGAACAAAAAGUGUACACUUUCUAAUUAUGGAUAUUUUUGUGCAGUUGCUUAUUAGGGCUUUUGAUAAAAUAAGUGCAAUUUAAAAAAAA